AUGGCUUCGGUAACCAAUCUUGCGAACCCACAUAAGUUGUUGGCUGCUCUUCUCAUUGUUACUGUGUUGCAUUGCUUCGUAGAGUUGAGAUCCGAAACCCAACGCUUACCGGAUGAAGAAGUGAAAGCACUGAAACUGAUAGCGGCGAAGUUGAAUAAGAAAAACUGGGACUUCAGCGUGGAUCCCUGCAGCGGCAAAUGGAACACAAGUAACGAGAAGGAAACCAUGAACGCCGUCACCUGUUACUGCAACACCACCUGCCACGUUAUCGCCAUAUACAUCAAAUCUGAAGGUCUACAAGGAGUUCUCCCGCCGGAGUUGGCCCAGCUUCCCUACCUCCAAAUAAUUGAUCUCAGCCGCAACUACCUAAGCGGUACAAUACCUCCAGAAUGGGGUGCAAUGAAAUUGACGAACAUUUCUUUGAUGGCGAACCGUUUGACGGGUCCAAUCCCGAAGGAAUUUGGAAACAUCACCACUCUUGUUGACCUGACCCUCGAAGUCAAUAAUCUCUCUGGAAAUAUUCCUAAUGAGCUUGGAAAACUGAUCAACCUACGGAAACUGGUACUUUCCUCAAAUAAUUUCACGGGGCCGUUUCCGGAGAGCCUCUCUAAGCUGGUCAGCUUGAUGGACUUUCGGAUAAGCGAUAACAAGUUUACUGGAAGGAUACCCAGUCUUAUACAGAAUUGGAAAAACCUUACAAGACUAAAUAUGCAGGCAAGUGGUUUUGAAGGGCCUAUUCCAUCGGAGAUUUCUCUUUUGGAAAAAUUAACUGACCUAAGGAUCAGUGAUAUAAAUGGACCAGAAGCACCUUUUCCAUUAUUGAGUAACAUGAAAGGCAACAUGACAUAUUUGGUGUUAAGAAGUUGCAACAUCACUGGAAGUUUACCUGAGUAUCUUGGUGAAAUGAAAGGGAUUAAUACCCUAGACCUCAGCUUUAAUAAGUUGACUGGGCAAAUUCCGGAGAGCUUUAAAAGCUUAAUAAAUGUAAAUUAUCUAUUUCUAACUGGAAACUUGCUAAAUGGUCAUGUUCCUUCCUGGAUGCUGGAUAAAGGAAAAAACAUAGAUCUCUCUUUCAAUAAUUUUACAUUGGAUAGUCAAGGGGAAAGUAGUUAUUGCCAACCGGAUAAAAGCGCAACUGUUCUAUGCCACCAGGAACUUCCCUGUAAACGAGAUGGAUACCAACUCCAUAUAAAUUGUGGUGGAGGAGAAGAAACCAUAGGGCAUAUUACAUAUGCAGCUGAAGUUCCAAAUAAAGAUGGUCCUUCAAUUUCUUAUCCAAUGACUUCGUCAAGUAAAGAUGUAUGGGCACUUAGCAACACUGGUUACUUCAUAGAUGGUACUGAAAACAUUAAAAAUACCUUUACAGCAACAGAUACAUAUAGCCUCUUAAACAACUCACAAGACUCUCUUCUGUACAAGUCAGCUCGUAUUUCUCCGAUCUCUCUCACAUAUUAUGGUUAUUGUAUGAAGAAUGGAAGUUACAAAGUCAAACUCCACUUCGCAGAAAUCAUGUUUACCAAUGAAAGAAAUUACAGCAGCCUUGUUAGGCGUGUAUUUGAUGUUUAUAUUCAGGGACAAUUGGUACUGGAAGAUUUCAAUAUAGCAGAUAAAGCAGGUGGAGCAGGCAAGCCAAUCAUAGAAACCCUUGACCAGGUUAAUGUAACAGAUGGAACUUUGGAAAUUCACUUCUAUUGGGCUGGAAAAGGGACAACUUCAAUUCCUUACAGAGGAGUUUAUGGUCCCUUGGUAUCAGCUAUCUCCGUGGAGCCUAACUUCCCAAUCCCUUCAGAAGGUGAAAAGGUAUCGGCAAGUGUUGUUGCUGGAAUUGUGAUUUCAGUGUUAGCCUUUAUCUUCUUGGUUUUGGGUAUCCUUUGGUGGACAGGCUAUCUAGGAUGCAAAAACACAAUAGACAAAGAUCUGAGAGGCUUGGAUCUACAAACCGGAUCCUUUACACUAAGGCAAAUUAAAGCUGCAACAAACAAUUUUCAUGUGGCAAAUAAGAUUGGAGAGGGUGGUUUUGGGUCAGUUUAUAAGGGACUCUUAUCAGAUGGGACUAUAAUAGCAGUAAAGCAACUUUCUUCCAAAUCAAAGCAAGGGAAUCGUGAAUUUGUCAAUGAGAUAGGCAUGAUUUCUGCACUGCAACACCCUCAUCUUGUAAAGCUUUACGGAUGUUGUAUUGAAGGAAAUCAAUUAUUGCUGGUAUAUGAAUACAUGGAAAAUAAUAGUCUUGCUCGUGCCUUGUUUGGCCCAGAAGAAUACCAACUGAAACUCGAUUGGCCAACUAGGUAUAAGAUCUGUGUUGGGAUUGCAAGAGGUUUGACUUAUCUUCAUGAAGAGUCAAGAUUGAAGAUUGUUCAUAGGGACAUCAAAGCUACUAAUGUACUUCUUGAUAAGGAUCUUAACCCAAAGAUAUCUGAUUUUGGCUUGGCCAAGCUUGAUGAUGAGGAGAACACUCACAUAAGCACUCGAGUUGCUGGAACUUUUGGAUACAUGGCACCGGAGUAUGCAAUGAGGGGCUACUUGACAGACAAAGCAGAUGUUUACAGUUUCGGAGUUGUUGCCUUGGAAAUUGUUAGUGGGAGGUCGAACACUAGUUUCAGGCCAAAGGGGGAACGUAUUUAUCUUCUUGAUUGGGCCCUUAUUCUGAAAGAGAAGGGAAAUUUGAUGGAUCUAGUGGAUCCAUGGUUGGGACUAGAUUUCAGUAAGGAAGAGGUUAUGGCCAUGAUUAAUGUGGCUCUCUUGUGCACCAAUGCAUGUUCUCAAUUGAGGCCACCCAUGUCUGUUGUGGUGAGGAUGCUUGAAGGCCGAGUCCCUGUUCAGGAGUUUGUCUCAGACCCAAGUCUCUUCAAUGAUGAAGAGAAGUACAAGGAUUUGAUGAAUUAUUUUCAACAGAACCAAGAUUGUAGCAUCAAUGAGAGCCAGACCCAAAGAAUGUUGAAUGAUGCACCUUGGACUGGGCCUUCAACUUCUGCCCAUGACCUCUACCCAAUCAAUCUGGACUCUGAAUAUUUGAAUCAUAGAGCAUAG